CUCAACAAUCUCUUAAGUUUUAUUGUAUUAAGUUUGUUUCCUGUUGACCUGCUGAACAACAACAACAUGCUCCAACGGUGUGCAGUGUUGCUGCUUGUGGCACUUGCUGCUGUUUCUCUGGCAGCUCCAGUCCCAGAGGGAACAACAGAUGAAGACAGAAGUGCACCACUGCUGGCUCACCUUAAUGGAGGAACUACAGGUGAACCUGUGACUGUAAAGCCAGAUCCUACUGACAGCCUCGACUCUGUUGAACAAACUGAAGCUCCCUCACAAUCAGAUGAGACAACUGAAUCACCAGACUUCACAACAGAGGAAACAGACAACAAUAGUGAUGAUUCUGACAGCAUCGACUCUGCUGAAGAGACUGAAGAAGUAAACACGAAGGAGUCUGACGCAGAGCUCAUUAAAACUGUUACUACUAAUGAUGUCAACUCUGCCGAACCAUCACAAGCUCCUUUGGAUUCAGUUGAGACAACUGACGCACAAGAAACUGAGGACACUGCAGCCGAGGUAGAGACUGACAGCACCACCACUGGUGAAGACAGUGAUGUUGACUCAACUGAAAACUCAAACGCUGAUACUGAGGUUGAAACUGACAGUGACACUGACAGUGAUACUGACACAGAGGUUGAGGAUGAGGAUGAGCCUGAGGUGACCCCAGUAGACCAGGAAGAUAACAAGAGCCUUGACGUCAGCGUUAGUACAGAGGAGUUAGAGGAAGGGGAGGAGGUGAGUGAGAGGCCAACAGAGGAGGAGGGAGAUGAAACAGAAGAUACUGAUGUGUCAGAGGAGGGAGAAGCAGCGGAGGAAGAGCAGGAGGCAGACAAAGGGAUUGAUGACAGCAUGUCCGAGGACGAUGAGGGCAGUGACGCCCUGAGUGAAGCUGACAGUGACGAUGACGACAGUGAAGCAGACAGCAACACUGACAGUGACGGUAGUGACGUCGACAGCAACACUGACAGUGACGGUAGUGACAUAGACAGCAACACUGACAGUGAGGCUGACGGUGACGAUGACGGUAGUGACGUAGACAGCAACACUGACAGUGAGGCUGACGAUGACGAUGACGAUAGGGACGUAGACAGCAACGCUGACAGUGACGCUGACGAUGACGAUAGGGACGUAGACAGCAACACUGACAGUGACGCUGACGGUGAAGCUGACAGUAGUGACGUAGACAUUAACACUGACAGUGGCAGUGAGUCCAACAAUCAGAACAGCAGUGACAUGGUGGAAUCUGAUGUUACUGAGGAAGAGGAGGAGGAGGAGGUGAAUGAGGACAAUUCUUCAAAGUUGGAUACUGAGGACCCAGAAACUUCAGACUCCACUGAAGCAACAUCUGCUGACCAACCAGACCAACCUGAUGACUCCACGCCCGCCACCACAGAGGCUUUGGUUUAGACGCUCAGCAUCUGAACUGUGGAAGCUCAGUGACUCCAGAGCCAAGCCCACCACACAGUGGAAUACAGUCGCCAUGACAACAACAACAACAAUAACAACAAGCUAAACUACAACUAAACUUCAGCCUUCAACCCUCUGUUGUCUUUGUUCCUUCGCUCAUUUGUGAUUGCUUGUCUAUGUUUUUCAGACUCUGGUUGCUUUAGUGAUAAAAAUGCAUAAGAAAUCUAUCUUUCACCAAUCAACUGUUUGCUUCUCUGCAGUGAUGCUGUGCUUUAACCAGUCUCACUCUUUGCUUGUCCGUCUGUCUUCAGUCUAAUGCAGAAACAUUAAAAAGCUGCUGAUCUCAGAUGUGCUCUUUGUGCACAUGCAGUCCAUCGUUUACUUUACAAACAUUAAUUACUGUUUUUAAAACAAAGAUGUCAGAGACAAAUGAUUGUCUGUACACAGAGGAACUGCUAAUAAAGUUUGAACUUUCCGAAACUCA